AUGUGGUGCCUGGAGCAGCUCCGCCUGAGUCCCGAGUGUCUCCUGGCGCGUGGAGUCGGGCUUCUCCGGGGUCGGUCCUGUGAAUCCACCGCCGUCGCGUCCGCCGCUUUCGCCAAUGUGCUCACCCCGGACCGCAUCCCCGAGUUCUGCAUCCCGCCGCUACUGGUGCCCGGCCCGAGGCAGGCAGCGCACCAAAACUCCUGGGGCGAAGAUUCGAGGACAGAUGAGGCCGCAGGCCGCACAGACUGGGACCCGCUCUCGCAGGCUGCGCUCUCGCUACCGCACCUGCCCCGCGAGCGCACAGCCUACGGCUUCUGCGCGCUGCUGGAAAGCCCGCACACCCGCCGCAAGGAGUCGCUCUUUCUCGGGGACCCGGGCGCUGCCGCGCUCCAAUGGCCGCCCUCAGCCCGGUCCGCGCCACGCCCCCGGGCGCAUACCUACAGCAGCCGCGACGGCGGAGACUGCCCCCGAGCCUCCCAGGGUCUUCCGCGAGCCCAGAGCGGAGCCUUCGUCGCCACCCCCGCCGCCUCCAGCAGUCCCCACACGCUGUGGGACACGCUAGUCCCGCGGCCCCGGGGCCACUGCCUCCUGCGCGCCCCCGACGGGCUGCUGAGCCGCGCGCCGCGGGCCCGAAGGAGUCGAGGCCUGGCCCGAGCCCAUUCCAUCUCCAGCGGGGAAGAGGACGAGGAGUGCAGCGUCACCUCGGGGCUCUCAGCCUAUGACCUAUCACCGUUCCCGACGCCGACGCCGCCCCCAGUUCCGCGGCCAGAGUGCCUGGAAGCCGAGAGCACCGUGACUCUAGACCACUCCGGCGGCGUCUUGCGCCUGGCGGCAGAGUACUGCCCGGGCAGCGGGCACCUCCGCAUCCGGCUGCUACGCACCGAGGGCCUGGCCCGAGGAGCUGCCGAGCCACGCGCCGUCCGCUGCCGUAUUAGUUUUGUCCUGCGGCCGCCAGGGAAGACGCGCAAGCCGCGCAGAGCAGUGGUCCGGCGAAGCUGCAACCCGGUGUUUGACCAGGACUUCUGCUUCGACGGGCUUACGGAGGACGAGGUGCGCUGCAUGGCCGUGCGCUUCAAGGUCGAGAACAAGGGCCGGUGGCUGGAGCGGGGCCGCCUUCUGGGCCAGGGCGAGCUACUGCUGGGCUCUCUCUUGCUCCUCUGA